UUCAGGGCAAUGACAUCGUUCCUUUCACGGGACUUAGAGUUGUGACGAUCUCUAUUUGUUCAUAACCGUGGCGACAGCUAAGCGCUGGUCUUGUUGAGUUGCGCGACUCAAUGACUGCUAAGGCAGUCACGGCUACAGUUGACGCGGGCAGUGAAGUAGAAGGCGAUGCGCUUUGGCCUCUAGCAUAUCGUCUGCAGACGUCGCAGCAGCCGGCAUUUGUACGAUGGUGGAGCUACCAGUUGUACCAAAACCCAGAGGGCGAAAAGGUGCAAGUUCUAUAUAGCAAUAAUAAGGCACGGUCGGAAGAACUUGCACAGAAAUUCCUUGAGGAACCAAUGGUCGGAUUCGACAUGGAGUGGCCUUGUUUUCCUGGCCAAAACCCUCCAUUGCAAAAACGAAUUGGGCUCAUCCAAAUAGCAUCGGAAGACAAGAUAGCUCUGAUUCAUAUUGGUCUACACGCAGGAAAAACUACAGAUGACAUCAUUGCGCCAUCGCUCCGAAAGCUCAUUGAAAGUCCCAAGAUUACGAAAACAGGAGUCGGCAUCCUGGGCGCAGAUUUCGCGAGGCUACGUCGAUUCUUUGGCUUGAAGCCACAAGGGGCGUUCGAGUUGAGCCACUUGGACCGCCUGGUGAGGUUUGCAUGCAUUCCACAUCUUCUAAACACGAAGAUGAUAUCGCUUGCAAACCUGGUGGAGGGCCAUCUCGGCUUACCUCUAGCGAAGGGGCCUGUGAGGACUAGCAAUUGGAGUAAACCACUCAACGACGAACAAAAGAAUUAUGCCGCUAGCGAUGCUUAUGCUGGAUUCAUGUUAUUCCAUUGCAUGAAUGCCAAACGGCUUGCGCUGAUGCCUGUGCCGAGUUUACCCAUUUUUGCAGAGCAAUACCCUCGGAGAGCGAAAGGUGCCAAAGGAUUUGCUCCUAUCACCACACUUAUGCUGCAUCCGGCAGAAGAAGGUGGUAGUGCUAUUGCAGCCAAUGAAUUUUUUGAAAAUCGAAAAGACGAUGCCAAAUCGGACGAGAAGGCAUGCGAAGAGAAAGAUAAGACUGGAACUCCAACGGCAGAUAAAAACAAGAAGACGACCAAGGAGACGGCCUCGAAGACAGGGUCGACGAUCACUCAGAAACCAUUGGGCCGUGCGGCGCAAAUUUUGUAUGAUCACUUAGCAGAGCGCCGCAAAGCUCUUGCCCAAGCAAAUGGGGUCCCGGUCUAUCUUAUCGCAAAUAAUUCAGUCCUUCGUGGCCUUGCACAGAUGGCACCGCAGAAUGACGAAGACCUACUAAAGGUGAAAGGCAUCGGAAAGCUAUCAGUCGCCAAAUAUGGCACCGACUGGCUCGAUGUGAUUGUUCGAAACCUAGAAGUCCAUGGUGAUGAGCAGCAGCAGAUAGCUAAGCCAUCAGUUGCACUUGCUGAAUAUCAAGAAACAGUGCCGCGCACUCCCACCCGGAAAUCAAUGCGGCGACCACAGAAUACGCAAAGUUCUACCGAUUCUUCCCUAGGAUUUGGUUCUCCUAUACGUCGCAAGCCAGUUUUGCAAACCGGGUUGUCUUUCACUCUAGCAGAAAUUACGCUCGAGAGAGGCGACAGUACCGAUGGCAGUCUACAAUAUCCUGCCCUACCCCGAUCAAGAGUCGAUCAUCAAUAUGAAGACAUCGAAUUCAUAGACAUGACAGGCGAUAAGCCACACGGUCACAAGUCGGCCGGGGGCGUGGAACCCAUUGUCACUGUUGACGCAUCGCUUGGCGCUUUUUCUGGAAUAACAUCUGGAAAAGGUCCGGCUCAUCGCAAUGCUAAGUCGCCUAGCUCUUCGGAAGAUUCUCUUGUCUUCGUAACACCACCAUCGCGAUCGGCUUCCUACCUAAAGAGGAAAAGAACAGAAACACGAUCAUGUACAGCGACACCCAGCCGGGUGCCAAGCCAAGCAGUGCCACCGAACCUUGCUCCAAAGGAAGCUCCAACGCCGGCUCGUAUAUCCACUCAGGCUCCGCUGCUCAGUCCUGGGUCGAGGAUGUUCCGAAACAAGCUAGUUGCCUUCAGCAAGCUUGUCACGCGAAAGCUCAGUACAGGAUCGGCAACACCAAUUGUAUCUGAGGCUACGCUUGAUCUGAUUGUCACAAUUUCUCCACGAACAGCAGAGGACUUGGACCGUAUAGCGGGUAUCGAGCCAUUCGUUCUUGCUUGUAGAGCUGCAGAGAUGGAUUUGUUACGGAACAUAGUCAAGUUUGCCACCCCUUGACCUUGAAACCUCAUUAUUACUCAGUCCGACUAAACAUUUAACACGCU